CCCUCCCCAUGCCAGUCUUCCGCCCACUGACUUUCCCGGCCGCAGCACGGACACAACAGUUGCUGCGGUGGAGGAGGCGACGGGACACGUGAGAGGCGGGGACCGGCAGUGAGGUGAGCGCUGUGCCCGGGGUAUGAGAGACGCCUGCAGCCGCCAUACAAGGUAACUUAAGGAGCUGGAGUCCCACUAAGAAUAGAAGACAGGGCUGUGGAAAGAGACGGGAAAGGCUCCUUGUUCCCUGAUCUAGCCAACUAAAGAUAUAAUUUCUUCUUAAGCUUCUGAAUGGUUCAAAGAAACGGUUUUCAUUUUAUGGAUAGAAGUUUUUAUCCAUUUAAUGAUGAGUCUCACAGGAGAGAGACCACAUCUGUGUUCUGAGUGUGACAGAAGCUUUACAUAUAAAUCACAGCUUCUCAUACAUCAGAGGAGUCACACAGGAGAGAAACCACAUCUGUGCUCUGUGUGUGACAGAAGCUUUACAAGUAAAUCAUAUCUUCUCAUACAUCAGAGGAGUCACACAGGAGAGAAACCACAUCUGUGCUCUGAGUGUGACAAAAGCUUUACACAUAAAUCAAAACUUAUCAUACAUCAGAGGAGUCACACAGGAGAGAAACCAUUUGAAUGUUCUGAAUGUAGCAAGUGUUUUUCCCAGAAGUCAUAUCUUCUCAUACAUCAGAGGAGUCAUACAGGAGAGAAACCACAUCUGUGCUCUGAGUGUGACAGAAGCUUUACACAUAAAUCAAAACUUAUCAUACAUCAGAGGAGUCACACAGGAGAGAAACCAUUUGAAUGUUCUGAAUGCAGCAAGUGUUUUUCCAAGAAGUCACUUCUUCUUAUACAUCAGAGGAGUCACACAGAAGAGAAACCAUUUAUUUGUUCUGAAUGCAGCAAGUGUUUCUUCCGGAAGUCGCAUCUUGUUAUACAUCAGAGGAUUCACACAGGAGAGAAACCACAUCUGUGCUCUGAGUGUGACAGAAGCUUUACAUGUAAAUCACAUCUUACCAAACAUCAGAGGAGUCACACAGGAGAGAAACCACAUAUGUGCUCUGAGUGUGACAGAAGCUUUACAUGUAAAUCACAUCUUAUCAGACAUCAGAUGAGUCACACAGGAGAGAAACCAUUUGAAUGUUCUGAAUGCAGCAAGUGUUUUCCCCAGAAGGCACCGCUUGUUAUACAUCAGAGAGUUCACACAGGAGAGAAACCAUUUAAAUGUUCUGAAUGCAGCAAGUGUUUUUCCCUGAAGUCAGAGCUUGUUAUACAUCAGAGGACUCACACAGGAGAAACCCCAAUUGUAUGUUCUGAAUGCAGCAAGUGUUUUACCAGGAAGUCAUAUCUUGUUAUACAUCAGAUGAUUCACACAGGAGAGAAACCAUUUAAAUGUUCUGAAUGUAGCAAGUGUUUUUCCCAUAAGUCAUUUCUUAUUAGACAUCAGAGGAGUCAUACAGGAGAGAAAUAAUUUAUAUGUUCUGAGAGCAGCAAAUGUUUUUCCCAUAAGUCAUAUCUUGUUAUACAUCAGAGGAGUCACACAGGAGAGAAACCAUUUGAAUGUUCUGCAUGUAGGAAGUGUUUUCCCCAGAAGUCACAUCUUGUUAUACAUCAGAGGAGUCACACAGGAGUGAAACCAUUUACAUGUUCUGAAUGUAGCAAGUGUUUUACUAGAAAGAAAACACUCAGUAAUCACAUGCGGAGUCACUCUGAGGGCCUGAAUGCAGCUUGUGUAUCAUAAGUAAUGUAACUUAUCACAACUGUAUGAAUUCAAUGGAACCAAUAUUUAUUUUCUGAAUGUGACAAGUGUUUUAUAUAAAUGACUCUUGAUAAAGACAGGAGAGGUCAGACAAGUGGACCUGGAGGUACUUUUCCCCUUGGGAAGGUCUCUGUGUUAGGAACUAGAGCUGCAGUAUAACAAUAGCCAAUGACCGUGGGACUGCCAUUACUGAGCUCUGUAAUAUACAGCUGUUCUGCUCAUGCAGGUGCUGGGACUAGUAGAGAGUUCCAGCAGUUCCUCUCCGUACUGGAAUUCCUUCUCUGACCAGCAGGGCUAUGAGUACUGGGUAUUUCUACAGGAACAAUGUAUGCUGUUCUGUUUCACCGUAUGGGUUAUUGUAUGGGGUGUUAUUUUUAACCACUUUUUAGAUGCCAUUUUGUCCAUGUUUAACUCCAUUUUGUAUUGGUAUGACCUCAUUGCUGUAUAUACUGUACAUUCUUUUUAUUAGGAUUAGUGCUUUGCAGAAAUAUAGGCAGCAGUUAGAAAUAUAGUCUCACGUUAAGUUACAAGUUUUCUUUCACCUUUGACAUAGUGUGAAAGACAUAGUGAGUGGGAAGUGUAUACAGCUUUUAGGAUGGCUGAUUAUAAUAAAUAUAUGUUCCUGUUAUCAGUAUCUCAGAUGGAAACUGUCUGGUAAGAUGUUUGGGGUAUUGUGUACAUAAGUAGGGGAAAGGGAACAGUUGUCUAGAAUAACAUAUAUUAUGUUAUCCUGAAUGACUACUGCACCCAGCGUCACAGACCCUGAAUGUAAUAUCUGGUAAGACAAUGUUAGCGUAUCCUUGCAGGGUUAUAAAUCCUAGAGAUUUACAUAUAGCAAGUAGUUCUGAUGGAAGCUAGGUCUGGCUAAAGCGGACGUAGACUUCUACAAGCCCCCUCCAGCUUUUAACUUGCGACAAAGUUAUUAGGCGGGACCCUAGAGAAUGACUGAACUACAUUAUUUAAACUACUUAAUCGAUGACCAUCAUCUGGGACAGAUCUUAUAACAUCUGGGAUAAGAGCUGAGUGUUCUAAUUUGUUCUUGUUAUUAUUGUAACUGACUAGAACUUGUUACUUGCAUGUUUUCAUUAUUGUAACUUUGACUAAUGAUUAUCCUUUUUACUAUCUCCAUAUUUAACACAUUGUAUUCCGGAACCUGAUCGCUUGAGAUUUUCAACAGACAACAGUUAUAUUUACUAAGUAUCAGUUUUUCAAAGCCACUGAUUCUCACGGGUGUAGUACGGGUGACCGGCGGUCUCCUGACCGCCCGUUACCUUACCGACGCCAGGAUCCCGGCAGCAUACCGACGCCGGGAUCCCGGCGUGGAGGGGCGAGUGCAGCAAGCCCCUUGCGGGCUCGGUGGCGGCAUGCGGUUGCCAUGGGUUCUAUUCCCACUCUAUGGGUGUCGUGGACACCCACGAGUGGAAAUAGUCCCUGUUGGUCGGCAUGCCGACCAUCGGGAUAGUGAGCCGUCUGGCUCACGGAGGAGGUCAUGUGACGGUUGGCUGACCGACCGUCGGUCACAUGACUACCACCCUUCUCACUGUCUAUGAUCGCUGGAUGAUAAAGGGCAGUAAUAAUACAUGUAAAUUCAGGCUUGUUUUGCUUGUAUUUCUAUUGCCCUUUAUAUCCAGCACACAAAUGGAGUGAAAAUCUCUGGCUUUCAAAAUAACUGUGUAGUAACUACAGUAUACCCGCUACAGGUCUUUCCUCUGGUCUCUUAUACCUCCGUAUUCUUUCUCUAAUACCUUUUAUAUUACUAUUUACUAAAAUGGUGCAAGUAAAACACUGGUCAUCUGUAUCCCAUUGCAUCCAAAUUAGAACACUUGUUCGCUGGCACUAGACAGCUAAUAACUGAUAUCUGGUUGCUAUGGGUUACAGCGCAUGCUUGUUUUUCACAUCAUGUAAUUAAACAAGUCCCAAGUUGUGCACAUUGUGUACCAGGAUAAUAGUAAAGUUCCUUCACAAUAAAUGAAACUAGUAUGACAGUAAUAAUAUACACGAUACCUUGACAUAAGGGGUCAUACAGACCUGAACACAGCUGUACAUCUGUACGCAGCGGCUGCAUUUGGGUGGUCUGCGCACACGCACUGGCCGCAGUGCACAUGUGUUACCCUUCUCGUGGCUGCAUCCUGGAAGGAUGUGGCCGCAAGAUGAUUGACAGCAGCGACCACUGUGGGGUGGCGACGCAGCAUUGGGGGAUGGGGGCAUGAUGUCGCAUGCAGCUGCUCCAAUUUAAAAAAUGGUGACUGACCACCUGACAGCGCAGACAGGCUGCGCUGCUGGGUGUCAAUCUUAGUUUCAUGCGUCUGCAGUCUAAUUGGAGAAGCAUCAGGAGGCAGACCAUCACACAUACCGGGCAGCCUUGUCCUGUGCUGGGCGGCCCCCAGCAUGUGAGGAGAUGGACGCAGAUCUGGCUGCAUAUAUCCCUGAAUCAGGUCCAUAGUACUCAGUGAUGUAACUCAGACAGAUCUGUCCUGUACGUAGACUGAAGGACCAUGUACAAAUAAUGGGCAGGAUGUAAUGGGCUGCGAGACGGACGGAGCUCUGAGUCUGGUUUUGCCUUGUAAACAUUUGCUGCUGUGAAAUAACGUAUGAGUGGGGCCGGAGUCUCGGAGCUCUGGCUGUCUCCAAACCAUUACAUCCGGCCCCAUAUCUGUAAUACCCAUACAUGUUACUAGCAGUUGUCCCCAUAAUGGGUGUACUACGAUAUACCGGCGCUUGGGAUACCAGCUCCCAGCAUAUCUGCGCCAAGAUCCCAACUGCCGGUAUGCAGAGCGCAGGGAUCCUGACAGCUGGGAUAUCGAGGGCCUCCCCCCAUAACACUCAUUGUAUAAAACGAUUUCAGCAAUAUUUAAUACUUUUGUACAUUCCCCUUCUACAUUUUAGAAGAUGGACCCAGGAGAGAUACUUAGGUGAUCAUGUAAUGAUAACUAUCUCGCAAACAAUAUUAAAUCCUCAAAGAAUCAUUUAUCAUUAUUACUGCUCAGCAAAUAGAUUAUUUAUAUCAUUUUAUAGCUGUGGAUGAAAUAUAAACACAGGGUCUUCCUGCCAAUCAGGGAUUGCUCUGUAGAAGGAACGAUACUUAGUAUUCCCUGCUUUGCUGCUGUCUUUCCUUGUCUCCUGUCCUCAUGAGGAAUAACUUGGAGUAAAACAAUUCCCCUGCCGCACAGCUUAGCCAGUGUAGGUGGUUAUUCAGUAAGGAGUGUAAUCACGAUCCUCUGUGCAGUUUCCUGAUGUGGAACCGGCACAUGUGCAGUACCCUUCUGGGCAUGUGCAGAACAGAUCCUGCGAUCGCAUUGCAUUAAGUGAAUGAACCGGGCAGAGACUGAAAUUAUAAUUUUCUCGAAACUGUUACUACUAAAAAUGGCAUGUGAAGAGCCGGCCAGAGAGGGUAAAAGACGUGCACUGAUUUGCUCCCACAUAUUAGCAUUCACUGCUCUCUGGGUGCCCAUUCCAAGAAAAAUGUUUUACUCUGUAUUAAAUACAUUUUCUGACUUUUUGGAAAA